UAUGUCACUGUCAGUUUUCGCUGUUCCCUCACCGAGUUCAGGCUUCGGCUUUGAGCACAUGAUCUGCCAAUUUAGCCAAUUUAACAACGAGAUUCUGUAAUCAACUUUGAUUUAGGAAUAAUGGCACCAACCGCUGCUGAAGUUAAGCCUAGGCCGGAUAAUGACCCUAUCGGCAUUAGAGCGGUGCUAUUGGGACCACCAGGUUCGGGCAAGGGCACUCAAGCGCCACGUCUCAAAGAAAAAUAUUGUGUAUGCCAUUUAUCUACUGGAGACAUGCUCCGAGCGGAGGUGAGCUCCGGCUCGGAGCUGGGACGCCGCUUGAAGAAAGUUAUGGAUGAAGGAAAGUUGGUCUCUGAUGACAUGGUGGUAGACAUGAUUGACAAGAAUCUAGACCAGCCUGAAUGUAAAAAUGGGUUCUUGUUAGAUGGAUUCCCAAGAAGUGUGCCACAGGCACAAAAACUUGAUGAUUUAUUAGCCAAGCGAAAAACAGCUUUGGAUGCUGUCAUUGAGUUUGGCAUUGAAGAUAGUUUACUAGUAAGGAGAAUAACGGGCAGACUGAUCCACACUCCAAGUGGGCGGAGUUACCAUGAAGAGUUCCACCCUCCACGGAAGCCAAUGACCGAUGAUGUCACAGGAGAGCCACUAAUAAGGCGCUCUGAUGAUAAUGUUGAUGCUCUUAAAAAUCGGUUAGCUACAUAUCACAAACAAACGGUGCCUCUGAUAGACUACUACAUGAGACAAGGCCUUCACUACAGAGUUGACGCAGCAAAGUCAGCUGAUGAUGUCUUCAAUAGAAUUGAUAAUAUUUUCAAAACCCGUAUCUUCAACAGAGCUAGAUCUGCUUUAUAAACAUUUAUUUUAUCUCUAAGCUGAAAUGUUUUGUACAAAUAUUACUUUUUAUAAAUGUGAUUGGUUGGUGACUGUUUAAUAUUUACUGUUUUCUGGAUAAUAGUUAAAUCUAUUUUAGAGACAAUUUUUUUCUUGUACAAAUACAGUGGAAUGGAAUCAUA